AUGGCCUUCGCCUACGAUCAUGAGGCGGAGUUUUGGGGCGCGUUGAUCAACCCCGAUAAGAGCCCGUCGUCUCUGCUCGAGCAGCUCUGUCUGGGGAUUGCUCAGAUGAUGACCACGUUUGACAACGUCGCCAUCCACGACCUCACCCCUGAACGACUGGCGCAGUUCUAUCGAAAAGUCGGCGGCAACUACGAUGUCCUCUUCCUUGAGACCAAACCAUCUGCUCUAUCAUUCAUAUACCAGCGCCUCGGGUGCUUCCACAGCAUACAGCCCUCCACCGACCCGUACAAGCCUCCGUCGAUCCCCGCUUUGCAACCCCACGGCUUCGUGCGAUGGCAGACGAUCCAACUCUUGCUAGACCCGGACGAACAUGUUUCUUACCUGCAGAACGCAGUGGAGCGGUGGGACAUUUUCAGCCCUAACGGCACGUUGUUUCCAAAGACGAUCCCCCGCGAUGCGUUUCCGGCUGAGCCAGACCCAGAGAUGAUCCAGUGGCACGAGGCGGUUAGCCAGAAGUUUGAAUUCGAUUACUGGAAAAAAAACCUCAUCAACACGUCUCCGAAGUCCAGCCCAUAUAACAACCAGUUCAAUGCUCAGAAAGAGGCCUCGGCGGCGAAGACUGGCACAUACCACAACCAGUUCAGUUAUCCGGAGGCUACGACACCCAAGGAAGAAGAGUUCAUACAGAACCACCACCCACGAGCAUCGAGUUACCGCUACUCCGUACCCGCCGAUGCGCAGCCCACCCGCCGGCAUCAGAGACGCCAGAGCGCCGAGGUCCCUCAACCUUCGCACAAGCCGCAAAACAGCCUGCCCCGUCGCUCGGCGGAGUUCGUGAACGGAUACGCCUCCCCGCGCGCCCCCUCUCCGCCGACAUUACCAAACCAUGCAGCCAAGGGUCGAGGCCGCGAACGCAAGACCUAUUCCCGACCCGUCAGCCCCGAGCAUAUCCACGGCCAUAGCUCCUCCGACGCAUCAUCCGAGGACUCCGGCACAGCCACCCAGGAAUCCUUCUCGCCAGGCUACGGCCACCGCCGCAACCUAUCUCCCCCACACGCGCCCCACGCCCGCCGACAUUCCCACGAAGCAUACUCCCGCCGACCACACCGCGAACUAUCCCCAGACUCGCAACGCCGCUACGCAUACCGCGAGGCAUUCAACCCAAGCUCCAACAGACCCUACGACUCCGAUAGCGGCCGCGGUCCUCGCCACCCGAGAGGGUACAUUGACGAAGUGCGCCAGUCGCGCACGCCCGGCCCAUCACCCAGCUACGCCGAGCCCGUCUUCCGCGAGUCCGCGACCGUCCCGACAAGCCCGGUCUACGGCCACGCGCACCCCCACCCCAUCCACCCCAUCCACCCGCGCUUCGUGAACGUCCCCAACCCAGGCCCAGCAUAUAUGGUCCACCCGCAGGUCCAGGUGCAACCCGAACUAGACGCAAAUGUCAUGGACGACCCGCGCAGGAGCGGCUACCGCGGGAGCCAGACGCCCAAUCCAAGCGGUAGCGGGGGUGGCGGCGGCGGCAGUGGGGGAUCCUAUCGACGGCCGCGGUUUGCGUCCGUAGGCGAUUUUCAGCCGCCGCGGUGGUCGACUCACGCUGUGCAUGGCGCCGGGCGCCCGGUUCCCCCGGGUAUCAUUGAAGCGGAGUACGGCCGGAGAUCGGCGAUGUGUUUGGCACGGAGUCCGGCUUAUGGAGAUUUCCACGCGAAACGACAUUACGAGCUGUUUAGUAGGAUUCACGCUUUGGACAGGCGUUUGUUGGAUUUGGUGUCGGCAGCGAUGCCUACAUUUGAUGGCACUUCAGAUCUCACACGGGCAGCGGGGUCUACAGAACUUGACUCAGACGCAGACUUGAUUUUGAUCACGGAGACAUUCACGACUCACGACGACAUGACAUGA